CACGUGUACGUAGAGAAGGGCCGGAUGUGCACUUUAGGUGACGCUGCAGUGCGGGCGGCCGUGGCUUCCAUGGAGCGGGAUGGGGAGCUGCUGUCCGCGCGGCCGGCCCUGGAGACAGAGGGGCUCCGCUUCUUGCACGUCACAGUGGGCUCGCUGCUGGCCACCUAUGGCUGGUACAUUCUCUUCAGCUGUAUCCUCCUCUACGUGGUCGUUCAGAAGCUUUACAUCCGGCUGAGGGCCUUGAGGCAGAGGCAGCUAGACCGAGCUGAGGCUGCUGCUGUAGAACCUGAUGUUGUUGUUAAACGACAGGAGGCUCUAGCAGCUGCUCGUUUAAAAAUGCAAGAAGAACUAAAUGCACAAGUUGAAAAGCAUAAGGAAAAACUAAGACAGCUUGAAGAAGAGAAAAGAAGACAGAAGAUUGAAAUGUGGGACAGCAUGCAGGAAGGCAAAAGUUACAAGCAAAAUGCAAGAAAACCUCAGGAGGAUGACAGUCCUGGGCCUUCCACUUCAUCUGUCAUCCCGAAGCGGAAAUCUGACAGGAAGCCCUUGAGGGGAAGUGGUUACAACCCUUUGACGGGUGAAGGAGGCGGAGCCUGCUCCUGGAGACCUGGACGCAGAGGCCCGUCGUCCGGUGGGUGAGGCUAAGCUCCUUGUUAGUGUCUCUUUUGGCACUAGCAAGGUGAACCUGAACCCUCAGCUCAAUUGCCUUACGCACGCUUUUCACAGUGACGAGCCAAGGGGAGGCCUUCUUAACCGUGGCCUCCGGUGAGCAGGGGUGGUCAGCACUGCCCCUCACUCACACUCCAUUUAGAGCUAGUGGUCACAGGCGUCGCUGGUAGACAGAGGCCUCUCUUGACACUAGAAGCCGUUGGCUGUGGGACAGUCUCUGUGACAAGUCGUGUUGAAUGAUGUCUUCCUUAUAAACGGUGAGCCCACCAGUGAGGAUUACUGA